UAAGCACCUACUGCACGCCCGGCGCGCUGGCACAAGGAGUAGAAAGCGCUUCGAGAACCAGUUGACAGGCGGGUUGUUGCGAAGCCCUCCAGCCUCUGGGAAGGAAGUUUACUUCGGGGGCUCUUGGGGGGCUAAGGCUCAGAAAGGGUCACCCCAAAGCCCACUCACCGGGCUGAGAGGGGCAGCGGGGCUGCAGGGUCGCAGACAGAGGGAAAGAGCGGCUGGGAAGUCUGCAACUCAACUGCCGGGCUGGUCAGCGUCCCUGGUUGCUAUGGACACCUUGCCCAGUGUCUGCGCACGCGCCUUGGCCUCCUUCCACCAAGCCCCGGAGGCAAAGGGGCGGGGCUUCGCAAGAGGCGAAUCGCGCGAGCAGGGGCGGAGCGUGCGUGAUGCGGGGGGGAGGGACAAUAAAAAAUGCGCAUGCGUUUUGACCCCCAGCUCCUCUCCCUCCCAUCCCCAGAAAUGUAAUGGUCAUGGCAACUGCGGAGGCCGGUCCCGACAUGGCGCUGUACGAGGACACCCAGCGCAAACUGCGGAAGUUCGAGCGGCUCAGAGGCCGCGUCAUGGAGGAGGGAGAGUUCUGGGACGCAGUGGUGAUCACAGCGGCCGACGAGAAGCAAGAGCGCGCUUACAAGCAGCAGCUCUCCCGGAAGCUCCAGCGGAAGGAGCUCCCCCUGGGCGUCCGCUACCACGUGUUCGCCGAUCCCGCCGGGGCCAAAAUCGGAAAUGGAGGAUCGACACUUUGUGCCCUUCAGUGUUUGGAAGAAAUAUAUGGUGAUAGAUGGAACUCUUUUACCAUCCUAUUAAUUCACUCUGGUGGCUACAGUCAGCGGUUACCCAAUGCAAGUGCCCUGGGGAAAAUUUUCAUGGCUCUGCCUCUUGGUUGCCCAAUUUAUCAAAUGCUGGAGUUAAAACUAGCUAUGUACGUUGACUUCCCCUCCCACAUGAGCCCUGGGAUUCUGGUCACCUGCGCGGAUGACAUAGAGCUCUACAGCGUUCCAGACGACACUCCCCUGAGGUUCGAUAAGCCAGGCUUCACUGCUUUGGCGCAUCCUUCGGACUUGGCGGUGGGGACGACGCAUGGAGUGUUUGUGUUAAAACCCUCAGGGGGCUCAGAAGGUGGAGACCUGGAGUACAGGACUUGCCACCGCUUCCUGCACAAGCCCAGCGUGGGAGAGAUGUACCGGUCAGGUGCGGUAGGCACAAAGGGAACCCCUUCCCCAAAGAACUUGGCUGCAGGGGACCCCAGCGCUCCCACUUCCUACUCUGACUUUGUCUAUACAGAUAGCUUAUUCUACAUGGACCAUAAUUCAGCCCGAAAAUUACUGGCUUUUUACCAGCACCUGGGGCCGCUGACCUGUGAAAUCGAUGCGUACGGAGACUUCCUGCAGGCCCUGGGGCCUGGCGCCACGGUGGAGUACACGAGGAACACGGCCAACGUGACCAGAGAGGAGUCGCCGCUGGUGCGCGUGAGAGAGGACAUCUUCCGCCUGCUGCGAGGGACGCCCCUCCACGUGGUGGCCCUCCACAAGUCCAAGUUCUACCACCUCGGCACCUCGCACGAGUACCUGCAGCACUUCUCCGCGGAGAGCGCGCUGAGAUUCGAGCUCGGCUUACUCUCCAUAGCCGGGAGCGUCUUUGCGGGGGCGUCAGGGGGGGCCCGCGAGACCCCGUGCAUCAUUCAAAGCAUAAUAGAGCCGGGCUCUCGCGGGGGGCCGGGCGCAGUGGUGGAGUACUCCUGGCUGGGGCCCGACGUCGCCAUUGGCGCCAACAGCAUUGUCAGCGGCUGCCACGUCCCCGCCAGGACCGCCCUCCCCCCCAAUUCCUUCCUGUGUGCCCUGAGCCUCAAGGUGAAGGGACGCUCGAUGUACGCCACGAUGGCCUACGGCGUGGAAGACGACUUGAAGCGGAAGGUCAGGGCCCUGCCCGACAUCCACUCCCUUCGGUUCUCUGGACGGGGAUUCUUGGAUUGCUUAGAUCUCUGGGGCUUGGAAGUCACAGGAGACCUGUUCUCCAGCAGCGACCUCGGCCUGUGGACCGCUCGCAUCUUCCCCGUGUGCCCCACGCUGAGGGACUCGGUGAUGGCCUCCCUCGGGCUGCUGGGGGCGGUGAGGAGCCUGUCGCCGUUCCAUCUGAGUGGCUACCAGCUCUUGUCCAUCGAAGAGAUGCUCCUCUACAAGGAUGUGGAGGACAUGAUGAGAUGGAGGGAGCACAUUUCUCAGGAAAUCCGUUUACUGGGGGGCCAAGCCGACGAGUCAAAGUAGGUUUAUGGGACGUUUACUCAGACUCAUUGAAACAACCUUGCUCUCAAGGUUGCAGAGCCCAAGAAUCGGUUCUAUUUUUUCUUUGUUUCACUGAAGUAGAAAUAAUGAAAUUGCAUUAGCAGUGUUAUUGUAGCAUAACAUUAAUAAUGCAAAAAUACAAAUAAACCAUUCUUUUGAUGAAGGAAUUAAUGAAAUAUUUCAAAUCUCCAACUAUAGAAAGAGACAGAUUUUCUGAGAACAUUCAUUAGUCUUUGGGGAGCUUUUUGAAUAAGAAUUAAUGACUAUGAACAUAUUAACUAGUACAUUCAUGGAAACCAUGUUAAAACAAAAACCUAGUAGUCAUUUCCGCAAUAUGGUCUGGUAAAUUAUAAAAGCAUUUUAUUGAGAACUUUUCUUUUAAAAAGGAUUUGGGAUUUAUGUACUAUUAUUUUGACUAAAUAUCAUAAACAGUUUUUAAUGUAAUUUUCUUCAAGGCUUAAAUGAGGGCUGGAAGAAAUAUGGCAAUUUUAGAGUCUCUUCUACUGCUUACAAGGAUGUUGUACUAUUGGUUCCAAUAAAAGCUCAAAAUACUUCUUUUCAGAUACUCCCACCCUGAAAUGUAAUUCCAUUUAGAUGAACUAAUCAAAAUAUCAUCUCUUUAGGCCCAUUAGAUUCUCAAGAACCCUCCUAAUAACCCUUUAUCCUCAGAAACAAAGCUGUAGCUAGCAAAUUCAAAUUAAAUUAAUGUUCAACAAUCCGAAAUUGUUUUAAAGUAAGAAUUAACGUAGCCUCUUAGUGGCUCGGCAUUUAAAAGGAAAAGAAAAUAUAUAUAUUUUUUUCUUUCCAUUUCUCAGUUAAGUGUCUGUUUUACCCAAAUGGAAAGAGAUGACAUUUAUGUGCUCAUAUGUAUUUAGAACAUAUGAUUUUGUUCAAUCUCAGGGAAUUCUCUUUCUAUGUACUUCUUGAAAGAUGAUGCUGAGGGAUGAUAGGUAAUUGGAAGGCUCUGAUGCUGGAUUAACAUGAAUCUAUCCAUAUGUUUCAUCUUUUCAUAUUAAAUCUUUAUUAAAUAAAUAUUUAUAUAAAUAAAUAAAAAAUAUUAAAUAAAUCUUAUUAAAUCAUAUAACACAUAUUACGUGAACCUUGGCUGGUCCACACUGGUAAAGGUGCUAAUCUAUGAUAAAAUUGAAAGCAGGUAGCAGGAAAUAUAUGAUUACCUGAAUAGUACACAGAAGAGAAAUAAAUUUGGGGUCUGAACCCAGGUUACUUCCCUGUUCCUAUUCAAAUAUAUAAAGCUUUUGACUAAAUUGUAAACAGAUUUGUUGUGAUUAUUAUUGUGAAUAAACCAAAGUAAUAUACUAA